AUGGAGUCGUCGGUAGUGGACAGCUUCGCUGCCACCACAAUGUCCUUGACAACUCCGCAGAGGCGCGACUUUAUGCGUCACUGGCUUCGGAGUUUGGCAGGCAUUGUGAAGUACCUCUCGCGCCAAGAAAGGCCUUUUGGUGUGCCUGGACGCGUUGAGGCCGACCGCUUCUCGCCGCGCUCAUCGCGACAUGCGCGCCGUGCCCCGGACAAAGACGAGACCUGGUCAGGUGCCUCGCCGUAUUUCUCUCUCCCGACAAGUGAUCUUCUGUGUCUCUGCCUGCGAGAGAGUGCGAUGGCUGACCCGAGAACAGGCCCUGAUGUCUUGCGCGAGCUGCUCCUAUGCGCAGUGAAGCUGGAGCUUGGUGAGGUGGAGGUGCUACAGCACAUUGUCAACGUCCUGACAAACGCUGAUGCGUGCCGCCAUCAAACAUCCUCAGAGCAGGUGGAGCUGCUAAACAGCGUGUCGCUCGCAGUGAAGCGGUGCAAGCUGCCACGGCCACCUCUAGAUCGCGUCCUUUGUGUCUUGCCAAGGGCGACACUGAGCGUUCGCGAGAAUCUUCAGGUUCUCUCUUCUAUUCACCGCCUACAGCACACACACAUGACGGACGUGGUUGCCACGGUGUCACGGAAGGCCGCUCAACAGACCAACGAGUACAGCGUCAAGGACGUGAUCUACGGACUGGAGGUUGCAGCACUGCUUCCGGGGUGUAAUGAGGUCUUCGUGGCUGGUGUACUACUGCGCGCUGGCGCGCUAGCACCACACAUGUCUGCGAAGCAUCUGGGUGCUGUCUGCAAGUAUGUUGCGCUGCUCAACCCUUCCCGCAGACAAAACACACUUUCCUACUCCUGUGGUAAGGAGUUGCGCGCACUUCUCCCGUUGCUGGUGGAGCGGACAGAGCAGCUGCUCGGUCACUUUCGGCUUCACGAGGCACGCCAUGUGCUUCGCUGCUUCCGCGAACAUAAAGUGCGUCAUUCGCUCAUUUUCUCCCGUCUGACUCCUAUCGCUGGGGAUGACUAA